AAUGAACAACAAUCGUACAUAAGAAAUUGAAUAAAAAAUCUAACAUUCAAUUGAUCAUAAACCUUAUAGUGAAACUACUCAAUGUAUUGAAUAUAUAGAUAAAUAGAUAUCACUGAUAAUGUUAAACAAAAAUAUGAAGAAUUCAAUAAGAAAUUUUAAGAACCUUAGGUUUAAGAGAAAUGGGGAUUAGCAAAAAAUAUAGUAUUUGAAAGAACAAAAGAAUUUGGAGUAAUAAAUUAUGUAAAAAAUUAGUUCCUUACGUUUGAUUAUUUCAUCAAGACUUUUGAAAUUACUAAAACAACUGUGACAGAUUUAUAUGGAGUUUAUAAAAAAUGA